GUGGAGCAAAUAAACACGGAAUUCAAAAUAAGAGCCCUUAAGUAUCAUCCGGAUAAAAACGAGGGUGACAAAAACGCCGAGGAGACGUUCCAGAAACUUAAUGAAGCCAAAGACACGCUGUGUGAUCCGGAAAAACGGGCUACCUACGACAAAUGGAAGAACAGCGGCGUGGCGGUCAGCUAUAAAACAUGGCUGAGCAAUAAGGAGCACUUUCAUCAGUCAAUGCACUGGGCGCAAAUGAACACCAAAGACAGAAUGCUUCCGGAAGGCGGUGAAGGUUCUUCGUCGUCCGUGGCGUCCAGGAGGGCGUCCGAAGGUGGAGUGAACUUGGGCGCGAACAAAAUAAAAUGGGAUACCAAGUCGAACGCGGAUAUUAUCAAUAAGUUCCGCAACUACGAGAUAUAAGGGGCGUCAGCAACUAAUGCCACGCGAAAAUAAAACAUUCCUCUGUCCUGAAUAACUCUAUACAAUUAUGAUUCACUUUAAUAUUUAUAAAUGAUAUAACAAUAUUUUACUUGUACUGACUCUCGUAAAACUUGUCAUGACCCGAAGGACUGAGAAGCGAAACAUGGUAAAAAAUAAUCAUAAAUAAUAAUAAUAUCAGCACUUCAACAUCUACAAUUAUUUAAAUACAUAUUAAAUAUAUUUUACCAAUCGAUUACGCUUACUUUUAUUAAUAAUAAUAAGGGUAUAAAAACGAAACGUUUUAGGGUAAUAUCAAGUGAUGAUUUUUUUUUUUUUAUACAUCAAUUAUUAUACUUCUCAGACCUUUGGGUUCACCUUCGAAUUUAUGGAAUCUUCGAGAACUAUUUUAUUUAGUACCGAUUAGGUAUUCCAGAAUAUUUCACUAUUGUCUAGUCAUUAAAAAUUAAACACUAUUAGCGCUCUACGCGUGUAACUUUCGAAACCAGUAGGGUGCUGUAUGUUACACGAUAUAUAAUAUACGUAGGGGGUCUGAUGUCCGCCUUGAAAAACGUAAAACUAUUAUUGUCACUUCAAAUACAUAUAAUAUACAUAUACAUAUAAUAUACACAUAUAUAAAAUACUUAGAUAACGUCGUAUCGUUGUAUACACGUGUUACCAUUACAACAGUUGAUCCAUGUACGAUGAUAGUGUAGGAUUACAAAAACUGUCAGCUAAUACACAAAUCAAAAUACGUAAUUACCACGCUCCGUAGUAUAUAGAACGACAUCAUAUUAUAAUUUACAUAACAGGAAAAAACCGUAAAAGUUAUACAAUUUAAUAAUUACGUGUGUCAACUAAUCUUGCGAGUAACCACUUAGCUUUUUAAUCUAUAUAUAUAUAUAUUAUAUAAAUUAGAAAACAUUAUAAAAUAAUUAUACUUGAUUGUAAUGUAAUUUCGAAGUUUCGUUCGUUCUCGAAUUUGUAUAAAAAAACCAAACAUAUACAUAUAAAUAUGAUAAUAUAAUAAACGACUAUAUUACAACACAAA